GGAGAGUAGGCCAUUGGUUGGGAUGAGUACGGCGUAGUGGCCAUUGGUUGGGAUGAGUACGGAGUAUUGGCCAUUGGUUGGGAAUUGAGUACGGAGUAGUGGCCAUUGGUUGGGAUGAGUAUGGAGUAGUGGCCAUUGGGGUUUUUAGCAGUUAGUAGAUCAUUAGUGAGGUUUAGUAGGGCAGUCUCAGUGGAGUGGAGAUGGGUUUUAAGUUUGUUCAGGUUUGUGGGGUCCAGGAGGGCUUUUUAAGUAUGGAGGGGAGGGGAAAUGGCACCAGUAGAGAGGGAGAGAUUGAAGAUGUGAGUGAGGGAGGGAGCAUAGGAUGGAAGAAGAGGAUGACCAUAGUGGUUGUGUAGGGACAGGAUCCAGGGGGCAGG